GCUUCCAGAUGUCCCACAUUUUUGGAUCAGGCCAAUGAAGAGACCCCUAAUGCUAAUUGACAAGUUUGUGUCUCCUGCUCUCAGAACGGAACAAAAGGACAACUGUAUCUGAGCAUCCAAGAACCUGAAGGAUACAUCUGCAUUUUACUUCAAAGAAAUUUGGAAACAAAAUGGAAGAAAAUAUACAGUGCAGUGAUACAGGUGAUUUUGAGGCAGUUCCCAGAGAGAAGGUCAUUCAGUUUAAACCUCCAUUAUACAGACAGCGGUACCAAUUUGUUAAAGAUUUGGUGGAUCAGCAUGAACCCAAGAAGGUUGCAGACCUUGGGUGUGGUGACACUUCACUUAUAAGGCAGCUAAAAGUCUACCCAUGCAUUGAACUGCUUGUUGGGGUAGAUAUCGAUGAGGAUAAAUUACGAUGGCGAGGGGAUAAGUUGGCACCGUUCUUGGGAGAUUUUCUAAAACCUCGGGAUCUGGAUUUGACUAUUACCUUGUAUCAUGGCUCUGCUGUGGAAAGAGACUCUCGUUUGCUUGGAUUUGACUUGAUAACAUGCAUUGAACUAAUAGAACAUUUGGAUUCAGGCGAUCUGGCCAGAUUUCCAGAAGUGGUAUUUGGGUACCUCUCUCCAGCCAUGAUUGUCAUCAGCACCCCAAACUCCGAAUUCAAUCCCCUGUUUCCAAUAGUGACCUUAAGGGAUUCAGACCAUAAAUUUGAGUGGAACAGAAUGCAGUUUCAGACCUGGUCUCUGUAUAUGGCCAAUCGCUACAAUUACUCUGUGGAGUUCACUGGUGUGGGGGAACCCCCAGCUGGAGCUGAGAAUGUUGGAUACUGUACCCAGAUUGGCAUAUUCCAGAAGAAUGGAGGAAAGGCGACCCCGUUGUGUGGUUCAGAGCAGCUGGAUCAGCACGUGUAUAAAGCUGUGAGUAUUCUCUGUGAAGCAGCUGUCAGGCCAACAGGGACUUUUAUUAGGAUGGUUUUUACAGCUUCAUACCCAAGUCUACAGCAGGAAAGGUUCCUCAGACUUGUGCUGGUUAAUGAAGUGUCCCGACAAGUGGAGAGCUUGCGAGUGCGCUAUCUGCGGAAGCUGAAAGAGCGAGAGGAUGGGGAAUUGGGUACUAAGCCAAAAGAUGCUGGCUGCUCGCAGGCCCACAUCCCAUGCUUUGGACCGGUCUUCUCAGAGGUUGAAAAAGCCAGGAUAAAGACGUCUCCCAAGCCCUUCUGCAUUGGAGAUAAGUUUUUUGUGCCCCUGCAAAGACUCCUUGCUUAUCCCAAGCUAAGCCGUUUGUGUGCUGACGAAGAGAUGAUGAGGUCAGUCAUUGCGGACGCCGUGGGCUUGAGCAGCGACGGUUCUGCAGUGAUGGUCGACUUGCACGAUUAUUUUGAUUAUCUGUUUGAUUUUUGAGCCAUCCUUAUUUCCUGAAAUUCAAGGUCUUAGUGAUAGUUGGGCUCACUUCAAAUUUAAUUUGAACUUUGGUGUAGUCAUAAUUCAGGUAACUUUUAGGAAGAGUUUUAACACAAAGGUCCAUGUCCAAAGCUAGUGUACAGAUACGCUCGACCUCCAGCCAGGUUGUUUGUAAACUCUGAGAAAGAUGAGGGUUUAACUAAACGUGGUGUGCCUUCCUUUGAAAUUGGAACUUUUUGAUGUUUUCUCAAGAAUGAAGAAUUUGGGCAUGGUAGAAGUGUUAAAUUUUGAAUUUAUCUGUAUUUUUUUUUGUGUGUGUUAAAGCCUUGUUGAAUGUGGCAUUAAAAACUUUAAAGAAGGUUAUCAAA